CGCCAUUGGGACAGAAUGAUCGCUCUUUGCACUUUGGUUUCACAAAACUAAAAGAAGAAGAAACAGUAAGUUAAGCAAAGAAAUUAGGAGCUAGCGCUAAUUGGAAUCACUGAACUUGGCUGCUUUGUGUGUGCGUCAUGGGCCCCUUGCUGCUGUACUGUUGGAACUUCUCUCUCGCGUCCCCCUCGCAUAUAUUAACUCGCCCCCGCCCCUCCGAUCCCUCGCCACUUUCUUCCUUCCUUUCGUCUUGUUUCUUCUUCGCUCGCUUGCUCGCUUGCUCGCUCGUUUUGAUUGAGUGUUUUCGAUCUUCUUGCCGGUCUCUUCGACCGGCGACGUUGGUUUUCUCUGGUUUCUUUUGCUAGCAGCAGCAGCAGCAGCAGCAGCUAUGGUGACCACGACCUUUGAGGAUGUUGAGCUCAAUGCCAGCUCCGACCGCCUGUGGAACGCGCUCAAAGAUAGCAGCAACUUGUUCCCAAAGAUCAUCCCGGACAAGAUCAAGAGCAUCGAGCUGCUGGAAGGAACCGGCGGCACCGGAAGCGUCCGGCUCUUGACAUUCGGACCCGCUGCAGCGGCGGUCUUCGGAGCUCCAUACGUGAAAGAAAAGGUGGAGUUCGUGGACGAGGAGUCCAAGACCAUGACGGUGUCGGCGCUCGAGGGUGGUGCCAUCGGCCAGCACUUCACGUCCUUCAAGAGGACCGCGGCGUUCAAGCCAGGCAAGGACGACACCACCACUCUCCUCAGCAUCAGCGUCGACUACGAGCCCAUCGGCGAGCCACCGCUGGAGCAGAUCAAGUCGAGCCUCGUCGACCUCCUCAAGGCAGAGGAGGCUUUCCUCCAGGCCAAUGCGGACGCCUACACCGUCUAGCCGAAGUAAGUCCCAAGCCCCCAGAGUCACCACAGUCACCAGAGAGUGUGCUUUGUUUUGUAAAAAUUGGCCUUGGCCACUUUUCCUUUCCCAUCUUCUUCGUCUUCUUUAUUGAAGCAAAGAGAAGCGAUGCUGUUGUCCACUUACUCCACCCUGCUGUUGUUCUCGUUUUUCUCUUGGUUUAAAUGCGAUAUAAGUUUUGAGAA